AUGAAGUUGAAAAUCCAUCUCCCAGGCAAGCAGAGGCUGCUAUACAACCAGAAUAAGAGCUUAGAGGAAGUCCUUUCAAAGGAGGAUAUCGACAAGACAAUGCUGAAUGCGUAUUUUGUGGCUAACGAAAAAUACGAAGAAGCCAGAGAGCUCACUUAUGUUCAGUUCCCAUCUCGGUUUGUCUACCACACUGACGAUAAAACUUGGACACCAAGAAAGCAUGGAACAUCUAUAGGCAGGCUUCCGUUCAUACAUCCUAUUGCAGGAGAUGACUAUUAUCUGAGAAUCCUUCUCAACGUCGUUAAAGGCUCCACGAGCUUUGAGCAUCUCUGUACCGUGGGCGGUACAACGUUUAAGGAGUUCCGCGAUGCUUGCUAUGCACGUGGGUUACUAGACGACGAUAAGGAAUGGCAUGAUGCAAUUUUUGAGCCUUCCUACUGGGCUACUGGACGUCAACUUAUGAGGUUAUUUGUCCUCAUAUUGAUCUACUGUGAAGUUGCAAACCACCUGAAGCUUUGGGAUCAUACCUGGAAGAUAUUGGCAGAAGAUAUAUUGUACAUGAAGCAGCGAGAAUUUAACUUCCCUGGCUUGAUUCUUCCAGAUCUAAAGCUGCAACAAUAUACUUUGAUAGAAAUCGAGCGACUCCUCAAAGAAAAUGACAAAUCCUUAAAUGAUUUCAAAGGGAUGCCAAAGCCAAACGAGAGUGUGCUUAGAGAAAUCUCAAACACUGUCUUGCGUCAGGAACUGAAUUAUGAUACGGCGAAAGAAGCAAGUGAGAACGAGAAACUGUUUGCCACUAUGAAUGAGGAUCAACAAAAAGUUUACAAUGCCGUAGUUGACUCGGUUGACAAUCAAUCCGGGCAAAUGUUCUUUGUCUACGGUGCAGGAGGGACUGGGAAAACGUUCUUAUACAGAACAAUUAUAGCAAAGCUGAGAUCAGUCGGAAAAGUCGUCAUCCCAGUCGCUUCAGCAGGAAUUGCAGCUCUGCUGCUACCAGGAGGGAGGACAGCUCACUCCCGCUUCAAACUUCCUGUUAAUUUAACUGAUGAGACAGUUUGUGAGAUUACAGCAGGAUCUAUGUUGGCUACUCUGAUUGCAAAAACUGACUUGAUCAUAUGGGACGAAGCUCCAAUGGCUCACCGUCAAGCGUUUGAAACUCUAGAUCGCACGCUAAGGAACUUACAAUCUCAGCAUAAUCCAGAAGCAGCUAAUAAACCUUUCGGAGGGAAAACAAUGAUACUUGGUGGUGAUUUCAGGGAAGUUUUACCUGUUGUUGCUCAUGGAAGUAGACAAGACACCGUUAAGGCAUCUAUUAGCAAGUCCUACCUCUGGCCAUAUGCACAGGUUUACACGCUAAACACCAACAUGAGACUCAAUCAAGCAGACAGAGAAUUUGCAGUUUGGGUUUAG